GGCAUUUCAUCUCUCCCCCCACUUUUCCAAGAGGAAGUGGUAUCCCCACCCUGUUUCUUGUUCUUCUUCCUGAGUUGGGGAGAAAUAGACCUGAAGAAAGGCUGCUUAGGGCAAUACGUGGGGUUAUAAAAACCAUAGUCCAGAGAGGAGUUGGCUAGAAGGGCAGAGAGGAAAGGAGGGUGACGGAGAUGUGUGACCCCAAGGAGCCAGAGGAGAGGGAGAUAUUUCAAAGGCAGAGAUCGGCGGAGAAAUACUCUGGGCCACCCGGAAGAUUAAGAAGCUUGAUAGGGUGUCUGACCCAGGCCCCUCUGCUCCUGAUUUUGCUUCUCAUCUCCUUGAGUCUCUUCAUGCUCCUGCUGACCACCCUGGUUCAAGUCUUCAGGAUCCAACAAUCCCUGCAGAGAGAGACAGACCAUCAGGAGAGCCACAGACUGGCAGUUGUUUUCCAGGAACAGAUGCAGUCAGACCUGCAGGAGAUCCACCAGCAGCUGACCUGGAUGAAUGCCACCAUGGCUGGCCUGUGCCGGCCCUGCCCCUGGGACUGGAACUUCUUCCAGGGAAGCUGCUAUAUAUUCUCCCAGACCCGGAGCACCUGGAAAGCUUCUGUCUCCGCCUGUAAGGAUAUGAGUGCCCAGCUGGUGAUCAUCAACAAUGCUGAGGAGCAGAAAUUCCUGAAGUCUUGGGAUGCCAAAAAUAAGCGGAUCUGGAUUGGCCUCAGCGACCAACACAAUGAGGGGUCCUGGAAAUGGGUGGACAAUAGCCCCCUCCAUCUCAGCUUCUGGAAAGAAGGGGAACCUAACAACCAAGGAGAUGAGGACUGUGUGGAAUUGUACGGUGACGGCUGGAAUGAUAGCGUAUGUAACGCAGAAAACUUCUGGAUCUGCGAAAAGCCCUCAUCUCCGUGCCCUGGCCUCUGAGGGCCACUGCUACCCUCCCGCCCCAGAUCACGCAAUUUGGGCAUGCGCUCUGCUAACUCUUCACUGGCCCGGCCCCACAAAAAAACCCCA